CCACACAGUCCUGUGAGCACAUGCUCAGAAAGCUCUGCUGUGACUUCUGCUUUACACCGUGUGUGAGUGUGUUUGGUGGGAGUGACUGCAAAUUAACGCAUAGCGGUGUUUGCAUCCUGUUGUGGAAGUGCAACGGUGCGUGUGCUGGUUUGUUUGCGUGUUGCGUGUUUGAGAAGUGUGUUUCCAGUCAGAGCAAUUUCAAGAAUGAAGAGGGGCAAGAAUGCAGAGGAGACAGCCGCAGAUGGAGAGAAUGACACUGGCUCUGCUUCUUCAAAGAAAGCAAAGAAGCCCAAGGAACCAGAGACCCCAAUAAUGUACGAGGAUCCUCCUGACAAAAUGACCAGCAAGGAUGGACUCGACGCCAACAUGAAGAUCACCUCCUGGAACGUGGACGGGCUGAGAGCCUGGGUGAAGAAGAAGGGCCUGGAUUGGGUGCGUGAGGAGGCUCCAGAUGUGUUGUGCCUGCAGGAGACAAAAUGCGGAAAGAAAGACCUCCCUGCUGAUAUCACUUCAAUGCCCGAGUAUCCUCACAAGUACUGGGCUGUGUCUGAUGAAAAGGAGGGUUACAGUGGUGUUGCCAUGCUCUGCAAGACUGAACCCAUCAAAGUCACCUAUGGCAUAGGCAAAGAAGAGCACGACAAGGAGGGCCGCGUCAUCACUGCUGAAUUCCCCAACUUCUACCUCGUGACAGCCUACGUGCCCAACUCUGGCAGAGGUCUAGUGCGCCUCGAUUACCGCAAAACCUGGGAUGAUGACUUCCGUGCAUACCUGACCGAACUGGACAUACAGAAGCCUCUGGUGCUGUGUGGUGACCUUAACGUUGCACACCAGGAGAUUGACCUGAAGAACCCAAAGGGCAACAAGAAAAGCGCAGGUUUCACCCCCGACGAACGGGAGGGCUUCAGUCAGCUGCUGUCGUCCGGUUUCGUCGACAGCUUCCGAGAGCUCUACCCUGAGCAGGCCAACGCCUACAGCUUCUGGACCUACAUGAUGAACUCCCGGGCUAAGAACGUGGGCUGGAGGCUUGAUUACUUUGUGCUGUCGUCCGGUCUGCUGCCAGGCCUGUGUGACAGCAAGAUCCGCAACAAGGCUAUGGGAAGCGACCACUGCCCCAUCACUCUGCACAUCGCUGUGUAGGUCAGGUCAGCAGGGCUACUUGCCUCUACUUAGCUUCUCUGUUGUCUUUGUACUACUGUUAGCACUUGGCUGACACCAUCAUGUACGCCAGUGUGCUCUGUUAGAGGGAGGAAUUACCCAUUUGGACAGGGAUGUCUGACAUUCCUGGACAUUCCUGGUGGGUUCAGGUCCAAACUCAACUCUGAUUAGGUUCAGUAGGCUUUGUUAUCUUUUGCUUUUAUCUUUUUCAGUUUUCACAUAGAAAGACUCAACAUAGUUUACAAGGCCUGUUUGUUCUCUUCUUGUGAGUGUGUCAGUAGAGCCAAUGAUUUAGACUGAAAUUUUGUAAAGGAGCAACACUAAAUAUUCAAAUGUGUCUAAGCUGAAUGUCAAAAAGUCAUGACAGGCUACCGUACCGUUUUUUUUGGGGGGGGGGGGGGGGGGGAAUCAAACCACAGAUGGAACAAAAACUGUUGAAAGUCUCUUUUCCAAAUAAGUGUUAAACUUUCUGUAGUAGUAACAUUCCCACAAUAAAGACUGGAUUUGUAAGAAAA